AUGAAUUCACAUCCAACAGUCAGAUUUAACGAUCCUCCGGCGACCAAGUAUUAUUCAAUGGACAUAGAUGAUUCAACACAGUCCGGGACAUCAACAGAUGAUUUAUACCUUGGGCCGGAUGAUGACAUAGAAGAUGAUUCCGUGUCUUCCAGUGGUCCGGAUCAAUUACCUCUGGCUCAAUACGAUCAACCGGUUCAGUACAUCGACCCAGACUUGUACCUUGGGCCUGAUGAGGAUCUGAUUGAUUGUGAUGAUGAGCCGGGCUCUGUCUAUGCACGGUGUGAGUCUCCGGUCACAUCUGAAGUUUCAAUGUCAUCGAAUGAGAGACCAGCCGAAUGUGAUCCAGUACAUCUGGAGGUCACAAAUGAAGAUUUGCAUGCAAUGGGUCAUUCGAACACUCCGGAUACUCAGCAGCUACAACAAGAUAAUGGAGGUCUUCCGGCCCCUUCCAUACCACUACUCAUCGAGGCUGAGCGACCAUUUCAAAUCGCUUGGGCGGAUACAUCUGACAAGCUCCGGAGGGCUGAUGCUGAGCUACAGAGGCUGAGAAGAGCUGAACAGGCAAGCAUCGAAAUGCUCAAGGUGGUAGAUUCCAUGAUUCGCACAGAGUACCCAACACCAAAUAUCGCGUUCUGGGUAUUGAGGUCCGGGCAUCAAGUGCCGAGUUCUGAGUUCUGA